AUGGCGGCAACUCAAUAUUCCGACUAUUAUUACAACAACACAUAUCAGCAUUACCAUCAUCAUCAGAGCUCUCAGCAGAAUAUAUAUGAUUAUGCGACCGGACAGUAUGAUUGCAAAAAUCUAAACGUUAACGAUGCAUACCACAAUUACAAUUAUAAUUCACCAAAUAAUUACAAUGAUCAAUGGACUCAACAUUAUAGUGCCAUUGCAAGUACUCAACAGCAACAUCAGACACAACCACAUUACCAUCAUCAGCAUCUAAACAUGUUAAAUAAUCAAAUUAAUGAUGAUUAUAAAAAUUACUCUCAUCCAAGCUACAACAAUAACAUUGCGGCACAUUCGAAACCAAUCGUUUUUCCGUCAGACAUUCCCCACCAUUCAUCAAAUGAACAUCAACCGAAUUCGCAAUGUAUUGACUACACCGCUAUGAAAAAUGAUUUAUUUUACAGCCAACAGACAAGUGCCCUGAUCAGCGGUAAAAUUAAUAAAGCAGUUGCAUCAUCAUCAUCAACAUCAUCGUCUUAUCCUUCUAGUCAAUUAAGGGAAUCGUCGAAAAAGAGAAAAAUCGAUAAUUCAACUUCAAAUGACGACUCGCCCGCUUUACGCGCCUUAUUAACUAAACCAUCAAAACGUGCAAAAUGUGCACCUUAUUUUUAUCAUAGCAGCAAUGGAAGCAUCUCACCAGCAAGCUCAACUGACAAUAAUUAUCCGCAACAUUAUCAAUUACCCUCCGCUUCAGUUAAUGCUUCCAAUGCCGAAGAACAAUUAGUUGAUCUCAAUCAUUAUAAUCAAACAAGCAAAGAAGGAUAUGAACAAUCAAUAGUCGAUAAUCAUUUGAAGUCAGCGAUAUUGGAUGAUAAAUAUUCUGCAACAUCAUUGUUUACACUUUCGGAGGCAACAAAUAGUCCAAUGAGUAGCUUCAUGGAAACAAUUGCCACCCCUCCAUCAUCGCCGAAAGAUGGCAAACUGCCACGUAAUGAUGAGUCAUCUGAGAACCUGUGGAAUGAGAAACCUGAAGACUACACCAAGGGUUCAAAACGUACGAGACAAACCUAUACAAGAUAUCAGACACUUGAGUUGGAAAAGGAAUUCAAUUUCAAUAAAUAUCUGACACGAAGAAAACGUAUUGAGAUUUCACAUAAUCUUCAAUUAAGCGAGCGUCAAAUCAAAAUAUGGUGA